AUGGAAGGUAAUAAAUCAAAGGAGAAUCGCAAGGGGAAUAAUCGGCGAAGAGGCGGCAGGAAGGAGGAGAAGCGCGAACUUCGAAGAACGAAGAACUCGAAGAGUGAGGAAAUCGCAAGCCCCUGGCCACCAUUUCUGGACGCCGACGAUAUCGAAAGUACUGUGAGCAUCGUGGAACAAGAAAAAUCCUUGAACCUGGAAAAUUUCGACAACGCAUGUAAUACAAGAGAGUUGCUGUUUCUUAUGUUUUUAUCUCAUAAGUGCUAUUAUAUUUUUAACACUUGCGCAGGAAAUGAGAAGAUUAAGUCAUCGCUCAUGUGUCCCAAUCUACGUCGGCAACUACAAACACACAAGAAUGUCCUUAGGAUGUUGCACGAGUAUAAGCUGGCCUCCACUCAAAUCAAUGGGCAGAGGAUUCUCAGCAUCCAGCCGGUCCGUUGGAGCGGGCCAACCCCGGGCAUAAAUUGUGAGAUCUUCGUAGGCCGCAUCCCAAAAACGAUCUACGAGGAUGUCCUGUACCCGCUGUUCAACACGGUCGGCGAGGUCUUUCAGAUUCGGCUAAUGGUAGACAUGGCGGAGCUCACGCGGGGUUAUUGUUUUAUUAUGUACACAAAUCCAGAAGACGCGGCUCGCGCUAUUGUCCAAUUGGACCAGUACGAGAUCUCACCUGGUAGGAAAAUACGUGUAUUAGCGAGUGUGAACAAGUGCAAGCUCUAUGUUGGCCUUCUGCCGCGUCACAUUGCGUCAGAAGAAGUCGUCAGGGUGAUUUAUGCAUCAGCAUGGGAUAUUGAGUACGUGUCCAUUUAUCGAUUUCCGAAUCACGAUGCAGCCUAUGCUAUAAUUUCUUUCAAAUCACAUCGUAAUGCAGCUUUGGCGAGACGAAAAUUGAGACCAGAAAGGCUCUUUAAAUGUAAUGAAGUACACGUUGAAUGGGCACGUGUUGAUUGGAAUCCUUCUAACGUGGUGAGCAACAAAAUUAUAAUUUUUACUUUUAUUUUUUCAGAAAACAAAAAUAAUAUUGGAUUUCAACAAUUGAAGCACUAA